UAUCCCACAGCCCACAAUGCAUAGGGAAACCCUAGCCCAACUUAAAUAAACCUUCGCUUAAGGACCCCUCCCAAAUGAAAACCCCAUAGCGGUUGUAGCCGCCACCACACCCAUCAAAGUGAUGACUCACAUCCCUUGCCUUUCGGCUCUCCGACGACAGAUGCCAUCAAAUCAACCAUCCCCUCUACCCUCUUCUCCUUCACACUAUCCCACCUCCUUCACUGCCGGGAAACCCUAAAAAAACCCUAAUGGAAGAAGAAGCAAGAAUAAUAGGCAAAAAAUAGAAAUCGGAAUCCAGAGGCAACAUGCUAAAAUCAGAAUCAAAGAGGGAGCUGGUGGUGGACUCACUUCGUCAAUUGCCAUCUAAAUCUGCUCGCUCUCCGUCAAUCCCCAUCGCCGCCUGCGCUGAGUUGUUCUCACCAUCCCCACCUACCCCUGAGUUCUCUCCGCCAUCAACGCCUACUCUGAGUUGUUCUCACCAUCACAGUACGUUGCCGCCGAGUCUAGAGACCAAGAGAGGGGAGGAGAAAUCGCCGCUGCAUAUUGUGCUUUGAGGAGAGAGAAACAGAGAGGUAAAGAGAGAGAUAAGGUAAGUGGUUGGACUAGGGAAGAGAGUUUCACGUGAAACAAAAAAGUGGGGAAGAGUUGCUUUAUGUGACCUCGGGUAUGGUCUUGAAUCCGAACCGGAUAUAUUUUAGUUCGGAUGAGCCGAACCGAAAUAUAUUUGGUUCAAAUUUGGUUUUCUUUGUGACCUACUUUGGGGACCCGGUAAUUGCCUAUUCGGUUCGGUUCAAACUGAAUCGACCAAAUGUUCAUCCCUAGCUCGACCCGUAUCUUCCCCAUGCUAGAGAAAAUCGGAACAAGCCUUCUGCAGCUUAUGAAGAAACUUUUUGAGAGCAGCAAGUGUUGGAACCAAUAUUGAACCACUCACAUUAAGACCGUGGACACAACUUGAAUUCUCUCGACAUAAAUCAAUUUCAUUGCUCGUCAGGAAUGAAUUCGCUUAGUCAAC